AUGCAGCUGUCCAGAGGUUCACCUCAAUUCGGUGGUGGUUAUCGAUUGAGCGAUCCGACGACGACAACGACGACCAUCGCACCACCGCUUUCGCCUACCGAACAUAUCACUGAGCCGUACGUCAUACCCUUUUCGACGACUCUCAUUCUUGCUGUAACUCUACUCUUUGUCACUAUACUCUCAGGAUUAGUACCUAUUGCGCUCAUUGAACAUCUGAAAAAGAAAGGACGUGAUCCAUCAAAACGAGGAUGGCUCUCAUACUUAUCAUGUUUUUCUGGCGGCGUAUUUUUAGCAACAUGUUUUCUAGGAGUUGUUCCACACGUUGACCGAUUAUUUUUUGAGCUUCAACAUGAAUGGCAGUUCACAGUUGGCUUCCCAAUCCCACAAGCCAUUAUCUGUGUUGGAUUUUUUCUCGUUUACGCAACCGAAGAACUUAUUGGAGCGUUAUUUACUUUCGAGAGAGUCCCACUCAAUGAACAGGAUGAGACAAAUAUGUUCAAAUUAGCGGAUGAGAAUGAAAAGUUGACGCCUCCUGAAGAUCAUCGCAGCGUACUUCGAGCUUUAACAUUCGCAGUUGCAAUAUCUUUUCACUCGAUUCUCGAAGGAUUCGCGUUAGGUGUUCAAGACACUUCCGGUGGCCUCAUCUCAUUAUUUCUUUCGCUUUUGAUCCACAAAGCCGUCGAGGCAUUUUCGGUUGGAAUUCAACUUUCAAAGGCUGGAUCCCAUGCACAACUUCGAAUUUUGAUCUCAACUAUUGUAAUAUACGGGUUGAUGACCCCGAUUGGCUCAAUUCUCGGCGCAUUCCUUCAAAUGGGUGGCAAGAGUCUUCAAAAGGAUUGGGCGAUGUUGGUUCUCGAGAGUUUAGCUGGUGGCACAUUCAUUUAUGUCACCUUUGUCGAGAUCGUUGCUCACGAAAAACAGAAUCAUUUCAACAAUUUCAAACAGCUCAUUUGCAUUGGAUUUGGAUUUCUGCUGAUCUGCGCAAUGACAGCAAUUUUCGGCGAGGCCUAA